AGAUAAAUGAAACUGCAGUGUUAUAAGUGAUUUUCAUUCAAAAAGUGUUAAUAGAAUACCAGAUAAAAAUGGAACUUUUAACAUAUUUAAUAUCGAUAAUUUUCAUUCUGUUAUCGAUUUUUUUCUAUUUAGUCCAACGACGUAUGAGUUAUUGGAAACGUCGUCAAAUACCUCAUAUUGAACCGAAUUUAUUCACCGGCAAUUUUCAAGAUGUCACCAAAACACGUCACUUAGUCGAUCCAAUGCGUGAUCUUUAUACAAAAUUCAAAAACUCUGGACCUUUUUGUGGAAUCUAUUUCUUUCAAAAUCCAAGUGCUUUAAUAUUUGAUCUUGAAUUGAUAAAAAAAAUUCUAGUCAGAGAUUUUAAUAAUUUUAUUGAUCGUGGAGUGUUUUACAAUGAAAAAGAUGAUCCAAUUAGUGCGCAUUUAUUCUCAAUAGAGGGCGCUAAAUGGCGUUCAUUAAGAUCGAAAUUAUCACCGACUUUCUCAUCGGGCCGAAUGAAGUUUAUGUUUCAGACAGUUGUUAAAAAUGCUCAAGAUUUUGUCAAAAUUCUUGAUGAAUUUGUUGGAGAAGAGGGCGCUGUGAUCGAAUUGAAGGAUUUAAAUGCAAGAUUUACCACAGAUGUUAUUGGAUCAUGUGCUUUUGGUUUGGAGGUGAAUAGUUUGAAAGAUCCAAAUGCACAGUUUCGAAUCUAUGGACAAAAAAUUUUCUCCGAACAAAGACAUGGAUUGAUUAUGAUGUUUGUGAACAGUUGUCCGAGUUUGGCCCGAAAAUUGGGUAUGAAAGUAACCAAUGACGAUGUUGAGGAAUUCUUUAUGGGAGUAGUGAAGAAAACUGUGGAGUAUCGUGAGAAGAAUAAUAUCAAACGAAAUGAUUUUAUGAAUAUUUUGAUUGACAUGAAAAAUGAUGGACAAACUGGAUUGACUUUUGAGGAAAUUGCUGCUCAGACUUUUGUAUUUUAUUUGGCAGGUUUUGAGACUUCUUCGUCGACAAUGUCUCACGCAUUGAUGGAAUUGGCUCAAAAUACUGAAAUUCAAGACCGUUUGAGGGCUGAAGUGAAUGAGGUUCUGGCGAAACACAAUGACGAGUUGACUUAUGACAGUCUUGAAGAAAUGCCUUAUAUGCUUCAAGUGUUUAAUGAAACCCUUCGGCGUUAUCCAGUUUUACCAUUUCUUCAACGAAUGACCAUCGAUGAUUACUCAACUGGAGAUCCAAAGUAUAAAAUUGAAAAGGGAACAUCAAUUUUUAUUCCUGUUGAACCAAUUCACAUGGAUCCCGAAUAUUAUCCCAAUCCAGAAAAAUUUGAUCCUGACCGGUUUACACCAGAAGAAAUAGCUAAACGUGAUACUGCGGCUUAUAUGCCUUUCGGUGAGGGUCCCCGAAAGUGUAUUGGACUACGAUUUGGAAAAAUGCAAGUUCGCAUUGGGUUGGCACAUUUAAUUAAGAAUUUUAAAUUUAGUGUUUGUGAUAGAACUCAAUAUCCAUUGAGAUUUGAUAAUAAGCAAUUGGUUUUACAAACAACUGAUGGUAUUUAUCUUAAGGUUGAGAGAGUUUAGUAUAAAAGAAUAUUUUUGUCUGUGUAAAAAGCUUUAUUUUGAAAGCUAUGAAAAUAUUAGAUUGUGAUAAAAAGUUUAAUAAAAUUAAAUAAAACAAAAAUAAAUUAGUUGA